GGGAUGCUUUCUCACACGGGAGGUUUCAACGGUUAUUCAUCCAUAUACAUGAGAGCAACAGAAGAAGGAGGACUGUGGCAGAAACAAGAUGAGACCAUUUAAUGAUGGUAGCCUCUAAGGAAAAAAGCACAAUCCAAGCUGUGGUGGCGAAAUCUCUUUUAAGCUUUUCCACGCAUUCACUGCAGGUGAACCCCGAUGAAAGAAAUUCACUAUAAAGGACUGCACUCAACGUUUUUUUUGAUCGGUACAUGGCGACAAUAUCCAUCAUCGUACAUCCAUCAAUGAAGAGGAGAGAAAUAAAAGGACUGCUUCUGGCCUCGAGAACAGUUCGGCAUCCAGCUGAUUCCCAGACAGGAUCGCCUCGGCUGUACUGAAACCGCAGCGGUUUUCAUCCUUUUACUUUUCUUGGCCCUGCACAUGACUCUCAGAGAAGCACCAAUGGCCUGCAGCUUAGGCAUGGUGACGAGUGCCUUGUUUUGGUCUGUAGCCAUUGUAUAUUUGACUCAUAUUGGCAGGGUCAAUGGAGACUGCUGGUUAAUUGAGGGUGAAAAGGGCUUUGUAUGGCUUGCAAUCUGUAGCCAAAACCAGCCACCUUAUGAGGCCAUCCCACAGCAUAUCAACAGCACCAUAGUGGACCUUCGCCUGAACGAAAACAAAAUCAAAAGCAUCCAUUAUUCUGCCCUAAGUCGCUUUGCCAACUUGACCUACCUGAACCUGACCAAGAAUGAAAUCUCCUACAUUGAGGAUGGGGCCUUUUCUGCUCAAUUUAACUUGCAAGUUCUCCAAAUGGGCUUCAACAAGUUGCGAAACCUGACAGAAGGUAUCCUCAGGGGUUUAGGAAAGCUGCAGUACCUCUACCUCCAGGCAAACCUGAUUGAGACUGUGACACCUAAUGCCUUUUGGGAAUGCCCCAACAUAGAAAAUAUUGACCUCUCCAUGAACCGAAUACAGCAGUUAGACGGGUCCACUUUCACCAGUUUAACUAAAUUAACCACCUGUGAGCUGUACACCAACCCCUUCAACUGCUCCUGUGAAUUGUUUGGUUUUGUCAAAUGGCUUUCGGUGUUUCCGAACCGGACGAACGAGCGGAUGGUUUGCGACUCCCCGCCUGGCGUAUCUGGCUACAGUUUGCUGAGCCAGAAUCCAAACAACCCAACGUAUCGAAACGCCCUCCACAUGCUCACCACGGUGUGCACCGACGACUACGUGACACCGUUUAUUUCCAUAUCCAUCGAGCCUACGACGGUACCACCAGACACAACCCUUUGCGGGCUGGAUGACUGCCCAUCAGGCACCGAACCGGAAGAAAUAACAAUCAGCACCACUGAGAAUGCGGUGCAAAUGGCUCCUGUGAUGCAAGUGAAGCAAGUGUCAAACACGGGCGUUACCAUUUCGGUCGAGAUCCCCAACCCCUUCAAGAAGAUGUACAUCCUGGUUCUCUAUAACAACAGUUUUUUCACUGUCAUCCAAAACCUAAGAGGUGUAAAAGAGGACAUUCAUCUGAAAGAUCUUAAACCCCACACUAACUACACCUACUGUGUUGCUUCAAUUCGCAAUUCUCUGAGACAAAACCAUACUUGUCUGGUUGUGACCCCCGGCCCUAAGGCUGGAAUGGACAGAGCUGUGAACAACGCAACAGCUACUCACUAUAUCAUGACAAUUUUAGGCUGCCUCUUCAGCAUGGUCAUUUUUCUCGGGGUUGUUUACUACUGCUUGCGGAGGAAGCGUCAGCAGGAUGAAAAGCACAAAAAAUCAGGUAGUUUAAAGAAGAAUAUAAUGGAACUCAAGUACGGACAGGAACUGGAGGGUGGGACUAUAUCCCGGAUGUCGCAGAAGCAGUUGUUAGCGGGAGAGAGCAUGUCGCGAAUGCCAUACCUUCCAUCUGCGGCCGAGAUGGAGCAGUACAAAUUUCAAGAAAUGACUGAUACGCCAAAAAUGUUGAAGGGAAAUUAUAUGGAGGUGCGGAGCAUGGAUCACCAUGAGCGCAGGGAGUGCGACAUGGGAAUGCCUGGCAACAGUCAGGGGUCGGUGGCAGAGAUUUCUACCAUUGCAAAAGAGGUGGAUAAAGUCAACCAGAUCAUUAACAACUGCAUUGAUGCUCUCAAGUCAGAAUCCACUUCUUUUCAAGGGGUCAAAUCUGGGGCGGUGUCCACCGCAGAGCCACAGCUUGUGUUGAUAUCGGAGCACCCGCAGAGUAAAUCUGGUCUCCUGUCUCCUGUGUAUAAGGACAGCUAUCACCACUCUCUGCAGAGGCAUCGGUCCUCUGAUGCUUCACCAAAGAGGCCCAGCACUGCCACAGGAGGGCCCAUGCGAAGCCCCAGGCCUUAUCGCUCCGAAUCCAAGUACAUUGAGAAAACCUCCCCGACCGGAGAGACCAUCCUCACUGUAACACCUGCCGCCGCCAUCCUGAGGGCAGAGGCGGAAAAGAUCCGUCAGUACAGCGAUCACCGGCACUCCUACCCCGACGCCCAGAUCGAGGAGCUUGAGGGACUCGACGGCCACAAGUCCUCCAUGCUGGAGCCCCUCACUCACUCCCGCUCCAGAGACUUGGCAUACUCCCAGAUGUCUUCUCAGUACCACAAUCUAAGCUACUCCUCCAGUCCCGAAUACUACUGCAAACCUUCACACAGCAUCUGGGAGCGAUUCAAACUCCACCGGAAGCGACACAAAGAUGAGGAGUACAUGGCUGCUGGGCACGCACUGCGGAAGAAAGUCCAGUUUGCAAAGGAUGAGGACCUGCAUGAUAUUUUAGACUACUGGAAAGGCGUUUCAUCCCAACAAAAAUCCUAACCUAUGAAAGCAUUUUUACAAUGAACCAUACAUUGCAGAAAUGACACAAGGACUUCGUCUGAAUGAAUCAAUGGAUACUUCCAUAUUAUAAUCAAGUAUUCAAUUACAUCAUCUUCUAUUUUGACUGCGAGGGAAAUGGGGUAAAGAUUUGUCAUAUUAUGUAAAGCAUUCAUUGGGGAAAAAAAUUGCAGAUUAAUAAUAUAUAUGUUACAAUGGAUAAUAGGUUUUUGGGUAUCGCAUGGCCAAGUCCUGUGACAGUGGAUUUGCUGUUGUGUAAUAUGAAACUACUAUAUGAAGAUAUGUCUACUGAAACCUCAAUAUUUUUUUGAAGAACUGUCUGGAACGUUCAUUCAAAGAGAACAUUGUUUUUCUUCCUUCCCUGAAUAUAUUUAAAGUAUUUGAAAACUGUGUACAGAUAUCGGUUUCUAUAUUUGCAAUGUUUGCUGUGUAAAUGG